CAUGUUCAAUUAGUGGUCCUUCUCGAGUGUUUUGAGCCAUUGGAGUCAUGCGGAGCGUGGACAAGCUGCGGAGCGGGAAUAAGCGCUGAAACCUGCUGAGACCACAAAAGCAGGGCCUCGUGGCCUGGCCAUGCAGUAUAUGAUGUCCAUAGUGAUGCACUGCGUGACGUUCGUGUUGAUGUUCGCCACUUCGUCUGCGGCGCCUGCUGUGCCCUCCAAUCUGCUGUUGGUGGGUGGCUUUCAUAAAUGUGGCUCGUCGCAUCUGCACAGAGUGCUGGCCUCGCAUCCGAAGGUCUUUGCCUUGAGGAAGGAAAUUAAGCCACUUUCGAACGAUGUGACUGCUGAGAAGCUCUUCGAGCAGGUGGUAUUCUUCUAUGCACGAGAGCUCAUGAAUGAUGACUAUACGGAUUUGGCGAAGAUCAAGGGUGCCUGUAAAAGACACUUCAGCGAACGUGCGGAGGCCAAGGAAGAAUGUUUGCGCCUUAUGAGUCUGAAUGCCAGCCCGACCUUGGAGUCGCCAAAGUUGUUGCUUCUCACUUCCCUGAAGUUUCUGAAAUACCCGGAGCUGGUAAAUCGAUGGGGUGCCACAGUCAAAGCCAUGUUCAUUGUGCGAGACCCUGCGGAGUACUUGUGGGCUGCGUUCAAUUAUUGGAUUGUCGACAUGGAUGUGAGUCAAAAACCUCACAAGACGACCAACAGGAGCUAUCGCAGUCCAGAACUGUUUCAUGAGUUGCUCCUGGCGGAGGGUCGUCUCUCGUGGAUGCUGGGCAAGGACGGCCGCACAGGAGAAUGGUUCUUCUUGGUGCAAAACGGUACCAUGCGAAAGAGCGUGAAGCACCUCUUGGUGUUACGUUCCGAAGAUUUUCUGGAUCCAGAUCUGACCAUGUUGGCCUUAGGGAAGGUGAGUUCGUUCACGACCUUGGAGCUUGCAGGUUUCAACAAAUCUGUUCUGAGCAGUAGAACCAACUCGCAAUAUUCCGUUUCUACAAAGGGAGCCCAGAGCGCCAUUGGGCAAGAUGUGCCAGCUGGAGUGUAUGAGAUCUCUGGCUACCGUCCAAUGCUUUGCAGGAGUCGCCGCUUGAUCUAUCAAAAGUUCCUAGCACUUUGCCAGAUGUUGGCGGCACGAUACAACAUCACUUACACCGCUUGCUUGUCAGCCAACUUCAUGCCUUGCGAUGAUCACAAGUCCGCUGAAAGCGACUGCAAUUCUUCGCAUGAUUUUUCGGGUGUGACAGCUCGACUCAUCAGCGGGUACAACAGCACCUUGAUGGUUCAGGUGCCAGCUCUCCUGACUCUCAUCAUGGUUUGCAUUUUUGCUUGUUCUCUUCGAUGCAAGCACGGUUCGGACGUCGGAGUCGUUUGACUCCCGCUCCGGAGCGACCGGAGGACCUGGGUUGUCUCACGAAACCGAGCGGCGCUGAGCUCCGAGCUGAGCAACAAAGUGGUGCAUCCAAGUCUUCGAAGCCGAGGCCAUCCAUGAAAACGUUUCCCCUAGGGCUCCAGUCGUACCUCCGA